AGCGUCAUUUAAGACAUCACCAUCAUCGCAUCACUCGAUCUUAUUAGUUGCCACUGUUUUAGUAUCACUAUGGUAUGUUAAAAAUUUGCUUCGUGUAACCAGUAAUUAGUAACUAUCCUGUGAGUCACUGUGUUAUUUUAUUGUGUGUUUGAUGUGAAAACCCAGUUGUCUGGUGUAUUCGGAAACGAACGGAAUAUGCGGUGCAACAAGCCAGAAAAAAGAAAAGAAAGUUAUAGAGCAAGCGCAAAUUACACGAGGUAUUAUUCAAGUGAAUCGCGUGUGUGCAAGUGUGUGUUGGUUUAUUUAUAAAAUUUCCUACUACAACAUUCAAUUGCCUCGACCUUAUAACAAACAGAACAGUUCAUUAGAUCGAAGACAACAUACAGACGCUGGACGUAUGCGAUUGAAGUUUUAUUUAUCAUUUCUUUACCAUAUUUUGUUGGUACGCAAUGAGUGAUGCUGCGGAUGAAAGUGAUAAACCAGUUGCUCCAGUCAUCGGUCUGAAUGACCAACCAUCUGAAAUCGUUCAUACAAAUGAGAAAUCGGACAAUAGAAUUAAUACAGCAGUGCCUUAUUCAGAACGAAUAAGACAAUAUUACAACAGAAGAAUGCCGGUAAGCAGAUCUAAUCCUAGACAAACGGCAAAUCCAGAUGUAGAAGUUAUACCCCAAAAACCCAGUAAAAAACCGGAGAUAGAAGAAGAAGAGGGUGGUGAUGAUAGGGAAACGGUGAACGACCCAUACCCAGGAGUUGACGAUGGCUUUUUUGGUAAUGGUACCAAUAAUAAUAAUAACCCCGAUGUUGAAAAUAUUCCACUGGUUCCAAAAACUCCCACCAGAACGAAUCCACCCGAAGGAGAAGACCAACCAGGUAACAACCCCGAUAAUGACGAUGGGAGAGAUGAACCCGAUAUUGGACGACCUUAUAUUCCAGGUAGACAUUUUCCGACAGUUCCAGAGUUCGGACCACACUGGCCAAACCAUCCCGAAAAGCCGUCGAAUUUUCCGGGAAUUAGGCCGGAUGUGGAAGGUGGAAUUCCGGAACCCCUUCCGGAUAUAAAUGUUUACCAACAUAAGAAAACUUUAGCUCAAGGAAUGAUGGAUUUAGCGCUUUUUUCCGCAAACGCUAAUCAAUUAAGAUAUGUGUUGGAAAGUUACGAUAGACAUCCCUAUUAUUAUCCAAGCCUCGUUCUCAUUUCGUUAAGUAUAAUUUUUCAGGUGGGUGUUGGCGUUGGUCUCAUUUGGAACUCUCACUAUGACGUCAAAAACGAAGGGGAAAUCCACAUUGCCAACCGACUGAACAAUUAUACAGUUAUAGGAAUUUUUUUAAUUACUGCAAUUAAUGUUUUCAUUAGUGCAUUUGGUGUUGCAGAAAUAAGUCCAACUCCAUAAAAUUCAGUUAAUACAUAUAUGUUAAUUGUCGUUGCUUCAGGGGCGAGAUCCAAAAGCGCGAUUGUAAAAGGGGAAUAUAAAAAAUUUAAAAAAGAAAAAGCGUUUUAAACCUUUUAAUCUAAAGCCUAAAUACUUCCAUAAGCCUAUAACGUAAACUUUUUAAAUCCCUUCAGCCUAUACCGUAAGCUUUAUAAAUUCCAUAACUUGGAGGGUAGCGAGUCAACGAGUUAACAUCUAAGGUUUAGGUGAAAGGGCUUAAAAUAUUUAGGCUAUAGGGUUGUUGGGUUUAUGAAUUUAGCGGGAGUUUGGGCGCUGUAUUCGAGAGCACUGCUUCUGAUUCAAGUUUUAGGGAAGGGGGGGAACGCUCCCAUUUCCUUCUCUGAUUCGCCUCAGUAUUGUUAACUCGGGAAACAUGGAAAAAUUUACAGAAUUAUCUGCAUUUUGGAACAGUUUAAUGAAGUUCAACAAAUAUUAACUAAGAACUACACAGAUCCAUCGAUGUCUGAAAUAACAUGUUCUAAAAUAAUCCGAAGAUCUUAAAUAUCUUGAAAAUAGCAACAGCACAUUUUCAGAUUUACCAAGAUACAUCCACAAAGAAUUUUUUAGAUCUUCACAUAUUUAUAACUCGGGACUAAAAAUUAUUUUUUUUCUCAAAACUCAAUCUACAUAUGUAUAGUUCUAAUUGUUUAAAUUUUCUAUUUUUUUUUUUUUUGGGUAACUCAGCUGUACUGUGAUAAUAUUUUGUUACUCAUGUAUUACCUACUAUUAACGCAACAGUAUUGAAAACUAAUUUACGGGAAUGAAAUUUGAUUAUUUUGUAAUGUAGAUGCAUUUAUUAAUUUAUGAUUGAUUGCAUUGAUCAUAAACUUUCUGAAUAUGAUUGAAUUGCAAGUUAAAUGCGUUUAUAAAUUAAUUUAUGAUUAUUUGUAGUAUAAUAUGUAUUACUGUAAAACUUUCUAUAUUGGCAUAAUUAGUAAAAAUGUAAUUAUUAUAUACCUACUGUAUAAGUUUAAUAGGUAUUUUAAAAGAAACAGUUGAAUUUUAAUUUAAUUUCUCAAACAAUGAAAUAAUUACCAAGUGCUGUUUCAAGCAGCUCUACUUCCGGUCGUUACCUACUAGAAGAUAGAAAUUAAGCAUCAAAUAGUUUUUAAUAUCUUUGGCAUACAUAACAAAACAUGAAUGAACACCUUCUUAAAAGACAAUUACGAUGUGAACAUAUAUAUACAUAACUUACCUUGACAUGAUCAAAAUUUGUUGACAUCUGUAAUUCCUCUUUCUGCAGCAAUAAAGUACAAAAAAUUGGUCCAACUCGGGAAAAAAUGAUCAGACAUGAGCAUGUAUGAUCAUUGAUCAUGCAUGUUCAUCCCCGCUCAUUUUUCAUACCUGAUCAUUUUUUUUCCGGGUAAGACUUUUUAUGUAGGUACACUAUAAUUAAAUAUACAUUUAGGCAUUUAAGUAGUUAAUUAAAUUGA